UGUCGGGAGCCCUAUAGGCCGAGGGGCUGGGGUUGGAUGGACGCCUGUGGUGCAAUCAGCCACAUGUAACUACUUCCUCCAAAUUGCUGCCCUAGAACAGGAAGCAUCGUGCCUUCACCAGCGGGGUCUCCGGUGGGCCAGUGUCUUCCCACACCAGCCGCGGCACCAGCCUGGUGAAGAGCAGAAGCGAAGCGCCUGCCAGCCCAGCCGGGACACCCCUGACGAGAUCUCCAGGGCGUCGUCGAGUGGGACAUGCUGCGCCGGCGCGCCCCGCUGCUGCUCCUGGCGGGCCUGCUCGCCCUUCCGGCCGUCCUCUCCCAGGAGUGCACGAAGUACAAGGUCAGCACCUGCCGGGACUGCAUCGAGUCGGGGCCCGGCUGCGCCUGGUGCCAGAAGCUGAACUUCUCCGGGCAAGGGGAGCCCGACUCCGUGCGCUGUGACACGCGGGAGCAGCUGAUCUCCAAGGGCUGUGCCGCGGAUGACAUCAUGGACCCCAGGAGCCACGCCACCACCCAGGAGGACGGGGCGGGGGGCCAGAAGCAGCUGUCCCCACAGAAGGUGACGCUCUACCUGAGACCAGGUCAGGCGGCGGCGUUCAACGUGACCUUCCGUCGGGCCAAAGGCUACCCCAUCGACCUCUACUACCUGAUGGACCUCUCCUACUCCAUGCUGGACGACCUCAUCAAUGUCAAGAAGCUGGGGGGUGACCUGCUCCGAGCCCUCAAUGAGAUCACCGAGUCGGGCCGCAUCGGCUUUGGGUCUUUCGUGGACAAGACGGUGCUCCCCUUCGUCAACACGCACCCCGAGAAGCUGCGGAACCCGUGCCCCAACAAGGAGAAGGAGUGCCAGGCCCCGUUCGCCUUCAGGCACGUGCUGAAACUCACAGACAACUCCAAUCAGUUCCAGAGGGAGGUCGGCAAGCAGCUGAUCUCGGGAAACCUGGACGCCCCCGAGGGCGGGCUGGACGCCAUGAUGCAGGUCGCCGCGUGCCCGGAGGAAAUCGGCUGGCGCAACGUCACCAGGCUGCUGGUGUUCGCCACGGACGACGGCUUCCACAUCGCGGGCGACGGGAAGCUGGGCGCCAUCCUGACCCCCAACGACGGGCGCUGCCACCUGGAGGACAACAUGUACAAAAGCAGCAACGCAUUUGACUACCCAUCGGUGGGCCAGCUGGCACACAAACUGGCCGAAAACAAUAUCCAGCCCAUCUUUGCCGUGACCAAGAGAAUGGUGAAAACGUACGAGAAACUCACGGAGAUCAUCCCCAAGUCUGCAGUCGGGGAGCUGCGGGAAGAUUCCAGCAACGUGGUUCAGCUUAUCAAGAAUGCCUACAACAAACUGUCCUCCAGAGUCUUUCUGGAUCACAGCGCCCUCCCGGACACCCUGAAGGUCACCUACGACUCCUUCUGCAGUCACGGGGUCUCCAAGGUGGACCACCCCAGAGGGGACUGUGACGGCGUCCAGAUCAGCGUCCCGAUCACCUUCCAGGUGAAGGUCACAGCCUCGGAGUGCAUCCAGGAGCAGUCAUUCCUCAUCCGGGCCCUGGGCUUCACCGACACGGUGACUGUGCGGGUCCUGCCCCAGUGCGAGUGCCGGUGCCGGGACACCAGCCAGGGUCGCAGCCUGUGCGGCAACAAGGGCUCCAUGGAGUGCGGGGUGUGCAGGUGCGACGCCGGCUACAUCGGGAAGAACUGCGAGUGCCAGACGCAGGGCCGCAGCAGCCAGGAGCUGGAGGGGAGCUGCCGGAAGGACAACAGCUCCAUCCUCUGCUCGGGGCUGGGGGACUGCAUCUGCGGCCAGUGCGUGUGCCACACGAGCGACGUGCCCAACAAGGAGAUCUACGGCCAGUUCUGCGAGUGCGACAACGUCAACUGCGAGCGCUACGACGGCCAAGUCUGCGGGGGCAAGGCUCGGGGGCUCUGCUUCUGCGGCACCUGCCGUUGCGAGAAGGACUUCGAGGGCUCGGCGUGCCAGUGUGUCAAGUCCACGACGGGCUGCCUCAACCUGGACGGCGUCGCCUGCAGCGGCCGCGGCCGGUGCCGCUGCAACGUGUGCCAGUGCGACCCCGGCUACCAGCCGCCCCUGUGCGUCCUCUGCCCCGGCUGCCCCGUGCCCUGCGCCCGCUACGCCGCCUGCGCCGAGUGCCUGAAGUUCGGCACGGGGCCCUUGGCCGAGAACUGCAGCGCUGCGUGCGGGGAGACCAAGCUGCUGGCCAGCCUGCCGUCCGGCCGCAAGUGCAAGGAGCGCGACUCCGAGGGCUGCUGGAUGAACUACACGCUGGUGCAGCGCGACGGGCGGGACAGAUACGACGUGCACGUGGACGACACGCGCGAGUGUGUGCAGGGCCCCGAGGUCGCCCCCAUUGUGGGGGGAACCGUGGCGGGAGUUGUGCUGGUCGGCAUCCUGCUGCUGGGCAUCUGGAAGGUCCUGACCCACCUGAGCGACCUCAGGGAGUACAAGCGCUUCGAGAAGGAGAAGCUCAAGUCCCAGUGGAACAACGAUAACCCCCUUUUCAAGAGCGCCACCACGACAGUCAUGAACCCUAAGUUUGCGGAGAGUACGGGUGCCUGGUGAAGACAAGGCCCUCUGCACCGUCCAGAUGGGACCACCCCACACCACGUCCCCUCCAACAGGCCGACCGUGACCCUGUUGCCCGAUGGACGUGGCUGACAACGCUUGACAGCUUCACUAUUAAUCGAAAACCCACUGUUUUUCCUGCCCCAGAAUGACGGAUGUGGCCAGAUGAGUGUAGGGACUCACGGGAAGUCUCCCAGCCUCCCCUUCUGAGAUGAAGGACUUCUGAUAGCGACUUGAAGAAGGAAUUGCUUGAGUCCUGGAAGAUUAGACACACAUGGUCCUUUGUAAAAAUUAGCACAGCAGUCUGAUGAAAGGUGAUACAGAUUUAUUUAUAUGUGAACUUCUCAGGGUAUAAAGUUACAUCCUAUUGAUCAUGCUGCCUCCAGUCACAUGUACAGAAAAAAUUAAUAAACCUUCCGCAGAGGCUUCCAUGGGAGCCCAUCUCUGCGCCCCACCCCCACUGGUCUUCAUACACUGCGAAGGUCCUGUGGACUUUGGGCACGGGCUUCUCCUUUCUCCUUCCUCACCUGUUGGCCCUGCAAGCCCCCCUCUGUCCCUGGUCCCAGCCCCACCUUCUAGGCUGCUUUCAGAAGAUGGGGGGCAGCCACAGCAAACGGGGUCCUGCUGCAGAGCCUGAACAGGGCAGAGGCAGUGUAGCAGGACUCGGCAGCGGCAGACAGGACACCGAGGCGAUGAGCAGGAAGCAGUGUUUAUUGCACCGGCACAGGCUCCGCGGAUUUCGUAUCCCAAGGCUGAGCCCCAAACACAGCAGGGCACCCCCUUAUAUACGUUCAUUAAACUCCUAUAUAUUGGAAUUUUUUGUUUCCCAAAUAAGGUAACAAGCAAAGGAGCAUAUAACCUGAUUGGGUACUUCCCUUUCUAUGGCCUCUGGGCCGUUGCUAGGUUACAGAGUUAGGCAGGAGUUACAUAGCAACAGAGUUAUGCAGGAACCAUGCGAGAGGGGCUUCAGGGUUAAUGGGCACAUAAAGAUCAUGGCAGGAUCCAGCUGCAUUCCUUUCUAGUUGAGUUAUGGCCUCCAGGCCCUAGUGUUAUUUUGUUCUGGGGGAGCUCCCACCACAGCAAGAUGGGAAAGUGGGUGUCUGUCACCCUCUUGGCCGUCUACACCUGCUCUUGGGUAAUGGGUGGAAGAGAGUUUAAGUGCGUUUCUUGUGGGCUGUUUCCUGAGGUGAACUUGAGGUCAAGGCGAUUGGUGUGUGAUGGCAGGAGGUGGCAGGUCCCAGUGUGGUCACCUAGACGUAUGUGUGUCCACCAAUCUCUGCAGGUUCAUGGCGGGUCAGGGUCCCGGUGUGGCUGGUGAGGGCCCGUCAGGGUGGGGCAGUCCUGGGUCCCCACAGAAAGGGCUGUAAACACCCUCUGCAGCCGUGCUUUCUUUGCGAUACACAUACCUGAGAGAGGCAGGCAGAUGUGGGUACGGGGCUCGAUUUGUGAAUAUAUAUUCACGUGCACAGACAUAGCUUCAGAUGACAUUUGCUCUGUGUUUUCACUAAGUGUAUAAUUCUUUAUUAAAA